UUUAGAUAAAAAUUAUUGAAAAAUGAAACCUCUCUUAUCCCAGAAAGCUCAAGGAACGAUCAACACAAAUUCACAGUCUAAACUGCCAAACGUAUCAAGAGGCAACGGGCUCCGAAUGCCUAAAAAGCUGCCUCGUCAAAGCUCGAAGCAUAAAUAAGCAUCUAGAUUUGACAAAGUAUAUAAACCUUCGGGUUCCUCCUUCUGCACAGAAAUAGGAAGAGGAUGAUCCAACUAGCUUACAACACUCAUGAAGAGAGAGCUUAUAUGAAUAAUCUAAAGAAGGAGCUUCUGACAAAUCUGGAGAGAGAACCUGCAAGGUCAACAAUCAGGAAUAUAUAACGAAGGAGUCUUAUCAGAACAAGCCAAAGAACCUCCCAAGACAAUGGAGCGCCAAACAAAAGCUGCCAAAGAGGAAAAUCUGUCAAAACAAGAGAAGUAUCCAGCAGUGCACCACUGCCCUUAAUUUUCACUCUGUCGACACUACAACACUCAUGAAUCAGAAGAAAUCCUCUCUGAAGAAAAAGCCUCUUUUAUGCCAAAAAUCAAAGAAAAAUGUAGUCAUACUCCAUAAGAAGAGUAUGGCUAAUAGCAGAGUUUCAUUGAACCACUGAACUAAAGGCGGGCGCAGGAAUAUUCUUUUAGAAGAUCUCAAAACUCAAGAUUUAGAGCAAAAGUAUCCUACAAAAACACCUAAAAAUGUUGGAAUAAGUCAGGAGAUUACUAAAUAAGUUACUUAAGAAUUUAGCCAAUGAAGAUUCUGAUGAAUUUUCUGACUUUGAAAGAGCCGAUAGCUUAGAUCUCUCAGACUCUAAAUCUCAGAAUUCCACAUACAAUCUGAGAAAUACAGGACCAAAACUCGGGCAUAAAAAUUACUCAUGGACUCGGACUCUUAAUAAUUCUGGAGGGUUCAGAAACAAAGGAAUAAAAGCAGCAGGAAUGACCUUCACCGAGAAAUUAUCAACCAUGCCCAAGAAUAGCCCAUUACUUAGAAUAUUCUUGAAGAAUUAUGCUGAAGAAGAUGAAGAAACUACUAAUAUGAAAUAACAUAGCUAUUAAUACUCAAAAGAAAGAGAAUCUCAACACUUAUGAGAAAAGACUCCAAAAAGACAAAGAAAAGCACAAAGAAUGGGAACGAACUCUUCCUCUCAAAGACAGAUACUUGAAGAAAAACCCUUCUAAGAGAAAUUUCCAAAUACUGAAACUCCAAAGCCAGAAGCAGAAGAUCAACAUGAGAAUGACCUGGCAGAAGGCUCUCAGUAAACCAAAGGAGGGAUAGGCUCAACUCAGGCUUCUCAUGAACCCGCCUUUAUUAAUAAAAUGCGUGCUUAAUCAUUAA